AUGGCUGUCAGCGACGCGCUGCUCCCGUCCUUCUCCACGUUCGCGGCCGGCCCGGCGGGAAGGGAGAAGACACUGCGUCCGGCAGGUGCCCCGAAUAACCGCUGGCGGGAGGAGCUCUCCCACAUGAAGCGGCUUCCUCCUCUGCUUCCCGGCCGCCAGUACGACCUGGCCGCCGCGGCGACCGUGGCCACCGACCUGGACAGCGGCGGCGUCGGCUCGGCUUGCGGCGGCGGCGGCGGCAACCCGGCGCUCCUUCCCCCCCGGAGAGAGACGGAGGAGUUCAACGAUCUCCUAGACCUGGACUUUAUCCUCUCCAACUCGCUGUCCCAUCAGGAGUCCGUGGCCGCCACCGUGUCCUCGUCCACCUCGGCCUCCUCGUCGUCCUCCCCGUCGAGCAGCGGCCCGGCCAGCGCGCCCUCCACCUGCAGCUUCAGCUACCCGAUCCGGCCCGAGGGGGGCCCGGGCGUGGCGCCCGGCGGCCCCGGCGGCGGCCCCGGCGGCGGCGGCCUCCUGUACGGCCGCGAAUCCGCGCCCCCUCCUCCUCCCACGGCUCCUUUCAACCUGGCGGACAUCAACGACGUGAGCCCCUCGGGCGGCUUCGUGGCCGAGCUCCUGCGGCCCGAGUUGGACCCGGUGUACAUCCCGCCGCAGCAGCCGCCGCCGCCGCCGCCAGGGGGCGGGCUGAUGGGCAAGUUCGUGCUGAAGGCUGCCCUGAGCGCCCCCGGCAGCGAGUACGGCAGCCCGUCCGGGGUCAUCAGCGUGGGCAAAGGCAGCCCGAACGGCAGCCACCCGGUGGUGGCGCCCUACAGCGGCGGGCCGCCGCGCAUGUGCCCCAAGAUUAAGCAGGAGGCCGUCUCCUCGUGCACGGUCGGCCACUUGGGCACGGGACCUCCGCUCAGCAACGGCCACCGGCCGCCCACGGGGCACCACGACUUCCCCCUGGGGCGCCAGCUCCCCAACAGGACUACCCCGACCCUGGGGGCCGAGGAACUGCUGGGCAGCAGGGACUGCCAUCCUGCCCUGCCGCUGCCCCCGGGCUUCCACCCCCACGCGGGGCCCAACUACCCACCCUUCCUGCCUGACCAGAUGCAGCCGCAGGUCCCAAUCCAUUACCAAGAGCUCAUGCCACCCGGGUCCUGCAUGCCAGAGGAGCCCAAACCUAAGAGGGGGAGAAGGUCGUGGCCCCGGAAAAGGACCGCCACUCACACUUGUGAUUAUGCGGAUUGCGGCAAAACCUACACGAAGAGUUCUCAUCUCAAAGCACACCUGCGAACCCACACAGGUGAGAAACCUUACCACUGUGACUGGGAAGGCUGUGGGUGGAAGUUUGCCCGCUCAGAUGAACUGACCAGGCACUACCGAAAACACACUGGGCACCGCCCCUUCCAGUGCCAGAAGUGCGACCGGGCAUUCUCUAGGUCGGACCACCUCGCCUUACACAUGAAGAGGCACUUUUAA